AUGGGUCUGCUGGAGGUGCCGCCGGAGGAUACCAACCGUUGCGUGCGCGGAUGCUGCCGUAGCGACGCCAUCCCGCUCCACCUCCCCGCCGCGUCCUUCUCCCUUCUCUCCCCCAUCGCCCGAGGGGCGGAGAGCACGGUGUACGAGGCGCAAUUGGGGGGCGAGCGUGCGGCGGCGAAGAAGCCCGUGUUGUCCACUUCCGACGACCUCGAUAAGUUCCAUUACCAGCUCCAGCUUCUAUGUGAGCUGGAUCAUCCAGGGUUGGCGAAACUCAUUGCAGCACAUGCACGUCCUCCAAAUUACUUGAUGUUCUUCGAAUAUUUUGAGCCUCCAAACUUAGCAGACAAGAUACAUGUUGAGGAGUGGAGCCCUUCUAUCCAGCAAGUGGUCACGAUUGCCAGCUAUCUAGCAAAGACUCUCCAAUACCUACAAAUUCUUGGGAUAGUGCACAGAGAUAUAAAACCAGCAAAUAUUUUGCUAGAUAAAGACCUCCUUCCACAUCUAGCUGAUUUUGGCUUGGCUAUGUACCAGAAGGAUAUUAAAAGUGUUUCAGCUGAGAACUGGAAAUCAUCUGGCAAGCCUACCGGUGGUUUCUAUAAAAAGAAUAUGGUUGGGACACUAAUUUACAUGGCACCAGAAAUUUUGAGAAAGGAUUUACAUACAGAAAAAUCAGAUGUUUACAGCUUUGCAAUAUCAAUAAACGAGCUUCUUACUGGUGUUGUGCCUUACACUGAUCUGCGAGCAGAAGCACAGGCACACACCAUUCUUGAAAUGACUUACACUGAACAGCAACUUACAUCAGCUGUUGUUUCUCAAGGAUUGCGCCCUGCUCUGGCCCUUCCAGAGUCUGGCUCUCCACCAAGUCUCUUGUCACUUAUUCAGUGCAGCUGGGAUUCUGAUCCUGAACGAAGACCAUCAUUUGGAGAUAUAAUUGAAGAGUUAAAUGUAAUACAGAAGCAUUUAGUUACAUAUUCUUGCCCUCUAUCAUCUGGUUCAGUGAACUUGAGUCGAAACAGGAAGGCAGAAGUACACCAUUAUCAAGAAGCAUUAAACUGGUUUAACCAAGGGGAACUGUUAACAAAGAAAGCAAACAAAUUAGACUACGCAUUGAAUCCUUGGUCUAGUUCAUUUGAUCAGUCCUCUGUCUCUGUGUAUCGUCCAACUUUGAGCUGGGGAUCUUUUGCAACAUGUGGACGAAGAGAAACAAUGGAAGAUACUCAUUUUAUGCUUACCUGCAUGUCUAAAGAAAAAGACGUGCAUUCCUUUGGCAUUUUUGAUGGACACAGAGGUGCGGCAGCUGCUGAGUUUUCUGUCCGAGCAGUUCCUGGAUUUCUCAAGCAAUUUGGACACACUGCCAGCCCGAUUGAUGCCCUUGCAGAAGCAUUUGUAAGGAGUGACACAGCAUUUAGAGAAGAGUUAAUUGCUCACCGGAAGUCAAAAAGGAUAAUCCAGAAAGACUGGCAUCCUGGUUGCACGGCAGUGACAGCAUUGAUAGUGAGAAACAAACUUUUUGUAGCAAAUGCUGGUGAUUGCCGAGCAAUUCUCAGCCGUGCUGGCAAACCAUUUCCUGUGACUAGGGAUCAUGUUGCUAGUUGCCCCAAGGAAAGAGAGCGUGUUAUAAAGGAAGGGGCUGAAGUCAGAUGGCAAAUAGAUACGUGGCGAGUCGGUGCAGCUGCUCUUCAGGUUACAAGGUCAAUUGGUGAUGACGAUCUCAAGCCAGCAGUGACAGCAUUGCCUGAGAUAACUGAAACUGAUUUAACAGCUGAUGACGAGUUCCUGGUCAUGGCUAGUGACGGACUCUGGGAUGUGGUAGGCAACGAGGAUGUCCUUUCCAUCAUCAAGGGCACUGUGAAAGAGCCUGGAAUGUGCUCCAAGAGGCUGGCUACCGAGGCCUCAGCGCGGGGCAGCAAAGACAACAUCACUGUUAUCGUUGUCUUCCUUCGCCCUGUCUCCACAGCAGAACGAAUAUACUAG